ACUGUUAGUGCCAGUGACUCUUUUUUUCUUUCUUUAAUUUUUCAAUUGUCUGCGCCUCUCGUUUUGUUUGUAAAAAUUCCUUGCGGAACCAUUCACCGCUGGAUACCCAUCCCCACACGGACAUGUUUCUUCGACACACUUGUUCACAGACGCAACAUUUGAAAUGGCUGUUACACUGCACACAGAUCUAGGAGACAUUAAAAUUGAAUUGUUCUGUGAGCGCACACCGAGGGCAUGUGAGAACUUUCUUGCUUUGUGUGCCAGCGGCUUCUACAAUGGUUGCGUCUUCCACCGAAAUAUAAAGGGCUUCAUGGUUCAGACCGGAGAUCCUACAGGUACAGGUAAAGGAGGAACAAGCAUGUGGGGGCGUAAAUUUGAGGAUGAGUUCAGUGAACACUUAAAACAUAAUGUAAGAGGAGUGGUCUCCAUGGCAAACAAUGGUCCCAACACGAAUGGCUCCCAGUUUUUCUUCACUUAUGCCAAACAGCCUCACCUGGACAUGAAGUACACAGUGUUUGGAAAGAUCAUAGACGGCUUGGAAACACUGGAUGAGCUGGAGAAGCUGCCUGUGAAUGAAAAGACGUUCCGGCCACUGACUGAAACUCGGAUAAAGGAUGUCACCAUUCAUGCUAAUCCUUUUGCUGGAUAGCAGAUUUUCACUUUCAUAUGAUACAAUGCUUGUUGCCUUGCUAAAGUCGAAAUACUUUUCAAAUGGUAGAACUGGAGAGUCCACUCACAUGCCCAGACAGUGGGCAGAGUGCUGACUUCAAAGCUACAAAGUGUUAAAUUGUCUUAACUUUUAUACGGUGUAGUUCCUCAUUUUGCAACUUCAUGUAAAAAGUAUAUAUAAAUCAGGGGGAUGUCUUGUUUCCUUUAAACAAUAAACUUUGUAAACAAAAAAUAAAAUAUGGAUGUAACCAC